AUGGGUGCUUCACAGGGCGAGAAGCUUGAUGCUGUUUUGGCGCUGGACGUCAACGACGCCCAAUCAAACGAUGAAAAACCCACCAUGAGUGCGUGGAAGGCUUACUGGGCACGUUUCCUCGAUACGUUGAUCUCAAAUGUUACUAACAUAGCUUUACAGAGGGUGUUCACAUAUGCCGGACCCUUAGAGUACACGAUGAUAGCCGUCGCUAGCUUCGCUGCGCUAGCAUCAGGCGUUGGUAUCGCAGCACAAAACAUAAUAUUCGGCCAAUUUGUCACCGCGUUUACCGAUUUUGGCUCUGGACAAGCUGCCGCCGACAACUUCCGGGACUCAGGCCAGACCUUGGCGCUUUACUUCUUCUUUCUCGGACUGGGUAGAUUCGUGAUGGCAUACAUAUACAACUCUCUUCUCACGUAUAGCGCCUACCGGAUAGUCCGCAACGUACGCCAUGCCUAUCUCAAAGCCGCCCUCGGCCAAGAAGUCGCCUACUAUGAUCUUGGUAACAGUGGAUCAAUCGCAACGCAGGCUUACUCUAGUGGUCGUCUCAUCCAAGCAGGUGUCUCUGAGAAGCUGGGCCUCACUGUGCAGGGAUUGUCAGCGUUCUUGAGCUCCUUUAUCAUCGCUUUCGUCACCAACUGGAAGCUUACGCUCAUCAUCUGCGUUAUCGCGCCCCUGACUGUCGCUGUUAUGAUCGGUUGUGCAUUUAUUGAAGCAGGGUACGAAGCGAAAAUCCUUGAAUACUAUGCAAUGGCAAAUGCCUUUGCAGAGGGUGUCCUCUCCAGCGUUCGCACUGUCCAUUCGUUUGAGAUGAGAUCCCGCCUCGUUGACAGGUUCGACUCGUACCUUGCCAAAGCGCAUUGGUGGGGAAACAAAAUCUCUCUGCUCUUUGGUAUCCUCUUCUCCGCCGAGUACACCAUCAUCUAUCUCGGCAACGCAUUGGCGUUCUGGAGGGGUAUCCACAUGCUGGCUAAUGGGGAAAUUGCGGAGACAGGAGACGUCUUCACAGUACUCUUAUCCGUCGUCAUCGCUGCACUCAGCAUAACUCAGCUUGCACCCUACUCGAUCGAAUUUACUCGCGCCGCAUCAGCUGCUGCCCAGUUAUUCAUCCUCAUCGACCGACAGACUGCUAUCGAUCCUUUCGAUGCCUCUGGCGAGCAACCCGAAUCACUCACUGGAGACGUUUCCAUAGAGGGCAUCUCGUUCUCAUACCCAACACGACCUAAUGUGACAGUCUUGGACAACUUCUCCCUUCACGCACCUGCCGGGAAAGUCACCGCACUUGUUGGCCAGAGUGGAUCUGGCAAGAGCACAAUCAUUGGCCUUUUGGAAAGAUGGUACAACCCGACUUCUGGGGCGAUUAAGCUGGACGGCCGGCCGAUUGACUCGCUGAAUCUUUCUUGGCUCCGGAGGAACAUACGUCUGGUCCAACAAGAACCAGUGCUCUUCCGCGGAACGGUCUUUGACAAUAUCGCACACGGACUCGUCGGCACGGACCUUGAGAAGGCUCCAAGAGAAGAACAAAUGAGCCAUGUAGUGGAAGCGGCUAAGAUUGCGUACGCGGACGACUUCAUUUCUCAGCUGCCGAACGGCUACGACACCGAAAUCGGCCAGCGUGGAGGUCUCCUCUCAGGCGGCCAGAAACAGCGAAUUGCUAUUGCGCGGAGUCUGGUUUCUAAUCCCAAGGUCCUGUUGCUGGAUGAAGCGACCAGCGCUCUUGACCCAUAUGCCGAAGGAAUUGUUCAGCAGGCUUUGGACCGAGCUUCCGCUGGUCGAACAACCAUCGUCAUCGCACAUAAACUCGCGACUAUUCGCAAUGCUGACAAGAUUGUCGUCAUGUCUAAAGGAAAGAUUGUCGAACAGGGCACGCACGAGAGCUUGAUCGCGAUGAGCGGUACUUAUUCGCGUUUGGUAACCAUUCAACAGCUCACUGUAACCAAUGAGUCUACACCAGAGGGCAGCGAGAUUGGAAAGUCAAGUUUCGACGAGGGUACCCACGAACUAAAAGCCAGCAAAUCGUUGACCAGGCAUGCCACGGCCGACCCGGCAAACAAUGAACUACAUGCUGGGAGCGACCGGUACAAUGAACAGAACACCGAACAGCUCGGACUACUGGCAGUUAUCUGGCGCCUGGUGGUCGAAAACCCUGACCUGAAAUGGGCAUACCUCGCGCUGGUGAGUGGAUGCAUACUGUCUGCUGGGUUGUUUCCUGGUCAGGCCAUACUCAUGGCGAACAUGGUCCAAGUUUUCACACUGCCCCUUGACGAGAUGACUGAUCUUGGUGACUUCUUCUCCGCUAUGUUUGUUGCAUUAGCUGGUGCAGCCCUCUUCGGAUACUACGUCAUGGGAUGGGGAACGAACACCCUGGCUCAGACACUGGCGCAUAACCUCCGAAAGCAGAUCUUCAACGAUAUCCUUCGCCAAGAUCUCGAGUACUUUGACCGCCCUGAGAACAACAUUGGUGCUUUGGCAAGUCGCAUUGAUGCCUAUCCUCAAGCCGUCUUUGAACUCAUGGGCUUCAAUGUCGGGUUCAUUCUCAUUGCCACUUUCAGUAUCGCAGCUUGCUCUAUCCUUGGAAUCGUGUACGCCUGGAAACUUGGCCUAGUUAUUGUCCUUGCUGGCAUACCCGCUCUACUUGGUUGUGGAUACAUCAAGAUGCGUCUAGACGGCCGCCUUGACCGAAUGAUUGCGAAGCGCCUUGCAACCAGCUCAGCUAUUGCAUCUGAAUCGACAACCGCCAUCCGGACAGUAUCCUCUUUGGGCAUCGAAAACUCCAUCUUGGAUCGGUACAACUACGAGCUCAAUCACGCCGUGAAUGGCGCAUUGAAGCCGCUCCUCCACGUGAUGGUGUGGUUCGCUCUCACGCAGGCGUCUGAAUACUGGUUCCAGGCGCUAGGUUUCUGGUAUGGAACUCGUCUAGUCGCCGCUGGAGAGAUCACCCUAUUUGAGUUCUUCGUAUCGUACAUGUCCGUUUUCUUCUGCGCACAGUCAACGGCACAAAUUUUCGGCUUCUCCACUAGUAUUACGAAGGGCAGGAAUGGUGCGAACGCCAUCUUCUGGUUGCGACAACUUCAACCAGUGGUUCAAGAAACACCAGAGAACAAGGACAACGCACCAAAGUCUGGAGGCUCUAUUCAAUUGAGUGGUACACAGUUCGCCUACCCGCUUCGCCCCCACGCUCCCGUCCUAAAGGGUAUCGACCUGGAAGCUGCAAAGGGCAAGUUCAUCGCGCUUGUCGGCGCUUCGGGCUGCGGCAAGUCGACCAUCAUCGCAAUGCUCGAGCGCUUCUACGAUCCUACAGGCGGUCAAAUUCUUGUCGGUGGCGACGAUCUGACGACCCUGAACCCACGCAAAUACCGAAGUCAGGUUGGACUAGUGCAGCAAGAACCCACACUUUUCCAAGGAACCAUCCGCGAGAACAUCGCCCUGGGUGUUGACAACCCAGACUCGAGUACGAUACUUGAGGUUUCGGAUGCGGAUAUAGAACAGGCGUUGCGUGCGGCGAAUGCAUGGGAAUUUGUCUCGUCCCUCCCGGAAGGAAUCAACACAGCCGCUGGACCAAACGGAACCCAGCUUUCGGGUGGUCAACGCCAACGCGUUGCCAUUGCGCGAGCACUCAUUCGCAAUCCACGCAUACUUUUGCUUGACGAAGCCACGAGCGCGCUCGACACGGAAAGCGAAAAGAUCGUGCAAAAUGCACUGUCCGAAGCUGCGAAAGAAGGAGAUCGCAUCACGUUUGCUGUGGCGCAUCGGCUGUCGACAAUUAAGGAUGCCGACAUGAUUUGCGUAUUUUACGGUGGAAGAAUUGUGGAGCAAGGAACGCAUGCGGAACUGUUGAACGGAGAUGGAGCUUUGUACAAAAAGAUGUGUGAGGCACAAAGCCUUUCAUAG